AUGUGGAGGAGUUUACCAACAAGCCAGAGGAUAUUGGGGGGGGUAGACCCUAAGAUCAUCUCGCACAAGUUAAACGUGGAUGCGAAAUGCAAACCUGUCAAGCAAAAGAAAAGAACUUUCUCUCUGGAGAAACAGAUUGCUAUCCGAGAUGAAGUGGAGAAGCUCUCGAAAGCCGGGUUUAUCAGGAAAGUAGACUACCCUGAAUGGCUGGCUAAUGUAGUCUUGAUCAAGAAGUCCAACGCUGAACCCGGAAAAGUGCGUUUUCGCAGUACGCUCGGGGAAAUUUCUAGGGCAUCUCAUCUCGGAGAAAGGCAUCGAGGCGAACCCGGAGAAAAUCGAGGCAGUAAUGAGCAUGAAAGCACCCAGCUCGGUGAAGGAAAGGAGUGUAACACAGCUUUUGAAGAGCUGAAAGUUUACCUCAGCACACCCCCGGUGCUAGGUAGACCUGAGCCUGGGGAAAUCUUGUACUUGUAUCUCUCGGUGAAUGACGAGACAGCAGCGGCAGUCCUGGUGAAGGAGGAUAAGGGUCUGCAAACCCCAGUUUACUAUCUCAGCAGGGUCUUGAAAGGCCCGGAGGUGGCGGCGGAAAAGCUAAGGAGAUAUUUCGAGGCUCACAUCAUUGUAGUACAUUUCAUAGCUGAGACCACUGCAAGCGACCAACCUGAAGAACCUGAUGAACAACUUCUACGGCGGGUCUUAGAAGUCGACGGGGCAUCAAAUCUGGAUGGAUCUGGGGCAGGCGUAGUCUUGAAAGGCCCUCACGGAGUCACACUCCGAAGCUCGGUAAAAUUCGAUUUCCCGGCAUCCAACAAUGCCGCGGAGUAUGAGGCUCUGUUGAUCGGAUUGAGAAUGGUAAACGUGGUCAAGGCCGAGCACGUAACAAUAAGGAGUGAUUCUCAGUUAGUCGUUUGUCAAACUCUGGCAACAGUGAACGAAAAGAUACCAGGAGUCCAUUUCUCUGUUCAAAAGCAUUCCAGUAUUGACAACUAUGAAACCAUUUUUCUAACUCAGCCUUUGGAAAACUGGAUGCAAGGUAUAGCCCACUACCUGAUGGAUGGAACUCUGCCAGAAAACAGAGAUAAAGCCUACAAAAUCUUGCGACAAGCUCCGUACUACGCGUUCCUCGACGGAGUCUUGUACAGAAAGUCAUUCACCCACCCGUGGUCGAGAUGCUUGACAGCUGAGGAAGGAGAGUAUGUGUUGAGAGAGAUACAUGAGGGUAUCUGCGGGGCACACAUAGCUCCUCGCAUGUUGGCCAAGAAAGCAGUGUUGCAGGGCUACUACUGGCCCCUGAUGGUUAAGCAAGCAGAGGAGAUAGUAAAGAAGUGUGAAAACUGCCAGAGACACCAGAAUAUCCGACAUGCUCCUACUACAGAGCAGUGUCCUAUUACCAGUCCUUGGCCAUUUACAACGUGGGGAAUUGACAUCCUGGGGCCUUUCACGCCAACCACGGGGCAGAAAAAGUUCUUGAUAGUGGCAGUAGAUCACUUUACUAAGUGGCUCGAGGUAGAGGCAGUGAGCACCAUCACAGAAGCUCGGAUCCGGGAUUUCUUCUGGAGGCAAAUUGUGUGUCGUUUCGGUAUACCCAGAGCGUUGGUAACUGAUAACGGAAAGCAGUUCAACUGCCGAGCCUUCAAGGAAUUUUGCAACGACUUGCACAUUGACCUGCGCUUCACGUCAGUAGUUCACCCGCAGAGCAAUGGGAUGACUGAAGUAACCAACCGGACGAUCCUAAAAGGGCUCAAGGCCAGGCUAGGGGAGUUCGAUAGACAGUGGCUGGAAGAGCUACCGAAGGAACCUAUCCUAGCAUUUUUUAUCCUAAGUCUGAGUCAAGAACCCAUACAUGAAAACGACAAGAAAAAGUUCACACUACUGGAACCAGCUCGGAAACUAAACUAA